CUGGCAGAGUCUGGUCUAUAUUUGGUUCCUAGGUUGUUAUCUGGUGUUUAUUGGAACCUUGAGGUGAUUAACAGAGCAGGAGAGUGUUGAUGAAACUUUCAUAAGGGAGGACGUGGAAGGUGUUCGAUGGAAGAAAGGGAAGGGAGGAGCCCUGUUUCUAAAUAAACCCGUCGGAACUGUUGUGUGGGGCUGAAGCGGUCCGCGGGGACCUCGUUGAGUGCAACAACGGAAGCAGAAAUAGAAGGGUCGCCCUGGAGCUGAACGUCGUCAUGGAAACGCCCGGUGGAGGGGAUGCCUCCACUGAGGAUGAGAGGGCAGCUCCGAUAGUCUGGAACGUGCUGGAUCGAAGGACCUACUGGAGAAACAUCAUCGGAUUCUGGAUUCUUGGCCUCUGUAACAACUUCUCCUACGUAAUCAUGUUAAGUGCUGCCCAUGAUAUUCUCUCCACGCAGGAGGGUGCAAACACUACUAGACCGACUCCCCCACCCAACAGCACCCAGAUGCCCAGUGCCUCUGUCCCAGGGGGUGGCACGAAUAGAGGUGGACGUUUCGACUGUAACUCCAUCUCCACUGCGGCGAUUCUCCUCGCUGACAUCCUGCCCACCCUGAUUAUCAAACUCGUCAGCCCCUUCCUCAUCCACCUCCUGCCCUACGGGUACCGUGUAUUGUUCUGUUGUUUCUCGGCACUCACCAGCUUUAUUGUCGUCUCCUUCUCCGUCGUAACUUGGAUCAGCAUCCUGGGGGUGGUGUUUGCAAGUGUCUCCUCAGGCCUGGGGGAGUACACCUUUCUGUCACUGACAGCACACUUCCAAACGGAGGUUGUGUGGGGUUGGGCAUCUGGUACGGGCGCUGCUGGCCUGUUCGGGGCCCUCUCCUACUCGGGGCUGACGCAGGGCGCCCUCACUCCCCGACACACCCUGCAGCUGAUGGUGCUCGUCCCCGUCAUACAGUGGGCCAGUUACUUCUGCCUCCUGGUUUUGCCUCCAACCUUCUCGAACUGGGGUCUGGAAAACGUGGAUGGGAGCGCAGCACGCAGGGACCGGGAUGAAGGACUGGAAGAGCAACCCCUGAUCCCAUCGGGGGGUUCAGGAUCCAUGGAGUCACACCUGAAUUUCAGCAACAAGAUGCAAAUAAUUCAGCGGUUUCUGAAGUACACGGUUCCUUUGUCACUCAUUUACUUUGCCGAGUAUUUCAUUAACCAGGGCUUGUUUGAACUCCUGUAUUUCCCGACCUGCUUCCUGGGUCACAGCGCCCAGUACAGGUGGUAUCAGACAAUAUACCAGGCUGGUGUGUUUGCAUCAAGAUCAUCUGCAAAAUGCUUUCGGAUUCAUCGUAUCUGGAUUCCCGCAGUCUUGCAGUUUGUGAAUUUGUUUUUCCUGCUCUCCGUGGUUUGGUUUUCAUAUCUGCCGACGAUCUGGAUUGUGUUCGCCAUUAUCCUGUACGAAGGUCUGCUUGGAGGAGCAGGGUAUGUGAACACCUUCAACAACAUCUCUGAGGAGACUAGUGACCGGGAGCGAGAAUUUGCGAUGGGAGCGGCCAGCAUCGCGGACACGAUGGGAAUCGCCAUUUCGGGUGCAGUCGCUCUCCCCUUCCACAACUGGCUGUGCCAACUUGGCUGACACACACACUGCCCACGAACCCCUCUGGCUGGCUCCCCUCCUCCCCCCAUGUCUGCUCUACCCCAUUCUGCGGGCUGGUUACACAGGGACUGCUCAUGGGUGGGCUUUAGUCUUGCAGUCACAGCACGGCCUGCCUAAAUCCAGUCCCAUUUCGCCCAUGUCUGUCUUAACCCUUCCUGCCUGUGCCUUUUCAAUGUUGUUAAUGAACCUGCCUCAGACACUUCCUCUGGCAGCUCGGUCUGUCUGCUGGUGGGUGAAAAAGCUGCCCAAGCGGCCUUAUUAAAUCUUUCCCCCCUCAUUUCAAACCUGUACCCUCUGGUUCUUGAUUCCCCAACCCUGGGGGGAAAGACUGUGCACUUUUACCCUAUCUGUGCCCCUCGUGGUUUUAUUCACCUCUGUAAGGUCACCGCUCAGUCUCCUACACUCCAGGGAGUAACGUCCCAGCCUACCCACCGAUCUCCAUAACUCAGUCCCUCGAGUCCUGGCAGCACCCUCGUCAAUCUCCCCCGCACUCUUUCCAGCUUCACAGCAUCUUUCCCGUAGCAGAGUUGCCAAAAGUGAAGGCAAUACUCCCAGGCGACACACACAAACUGCUGGAGCAGCUCAGCAGGGGGCAGCACCUAUGGAAGCCCCUUCAUCCGGACUCCCAAGUGCAGUCUCACCAACAUCUUGUACAACUGCUACAUAAUGUGCCAGCCCCUGUACUCGGUGCCCUGGCCGAUGCCAGCCCCUGUACUCGGUGCCCUGGCCGAUGCCAGCCCCUGUACUCGGUGCCCUGGCCGAUGCCAGCCCUGUACUCGGUGCCCUGGCCGAUGCUGGCCAGGGUGUCAAACAUCAUCUUCUUCGCCCUGUCUACCCGUGACCCCAAUUUUAGGGAACCUGGGUCCUCUGGAGAUGGUGGAAUGGAUGAGGAAGGGGGACACACUCAGAAUCUGGUUUAAUAUCACUAACGUGCUGUGAAAUUAGUUGUCUUGUGCAGCAGUACAGUGCAAUACAAACACAAUACUGUAAGUUACAAUCAAUAAAGAAAUGGU